AUGUCAGAUGAUCUUCAUGACAUGCUCAGCGAUGAACCAGAUGUAAAUUUGUUACCUGCAUUUCCGAAGAAUUAUACUCACAGGAUAACAAUGGUGAUUGGGGCCAAGAUUGUGCCUUGUGCAGAGGAAGAUGCUCCCGAGAAAGGGGUACCCCCCGAGUUCAGCACACGCCUUGAUCUUGCUGAGACCACUAGAGUUAUCUUUCCAUUGUCUUUGCUUGCACGACAUGACGUUGACCAAGCAUUGCCUAAUCUGUCACAUGAGAAGUUACUGAUACAGCAUCAGCUGGAAGACAUCUUCUACCGUUUGAGAGCUCAUCAACAGAAUAACGGCAUUAUGCUUGGGGGAGUCUCUGGAGAAAGGGCUAAAGAGAUUCAUGUUAACAAAUGCACCUUGUUAAAAGGCAUCACCACAGCUCUGGAGUUCAAUUACUUGCAAUUUUCCUGCUGCAACCAUACCAGCACCACACACAUCAAGCUCCUCCGUUCCUUUCUGGAACAUGGCAAUUACAUUUCGAUGAAUAAAUUGCUGUUCGCCCUCAGUGAUGUCAGGACAGACAAUAUCAUGGUGAAACAAGAUUCCGUCAAUAAUCACUAUGUUGCUACUGGGAUUAUUGACUGGGACGACGGCGGCUUCUAUCCCGCAUACUACGAAUGCACCGUACUGACACGCACCUUGAGCGUUGUGGAUGAGGAUGGCUGGUAG